AUGGUGGGUCGGUCGCACGGGUCUCACGCGCGCGGGACCCGGCGCAGACGCGGGUGCGUCGUCCUCGUCUGCGCGGCGUUCGUUCUCGCGCCCCUGUGGUGGCAGCACCGCGGCGAGGGAGAGGGAGACGGGGAGAUUCCGUUGUUAGAUGUGGACGACGCGCGCGUGCCGAGUGCCGGGGGAGGGUACGACGGGUCACACCAGGGGGGACUCGCCAACUUCGUCGACGACGUCGACGUCGGCAAAGGACGCCGCGAUCCAUUCGACAAUCCUUUCGACGCGCGCCACGACCACGACCACGACCACGACCACGACCACGACCACGACCACGGCGUGCCCGCGGUGCUCGCCGGCCGUCCCCCGCGCGACGCUUCCCCGACCGCGCACAGGCUCGCCAAGCUCGGGAUCAUCGACGGCUGGGACCUCGACCCGCAUCUCCCGAGGAUGGCGAACGGCGAGUUCGCGGCGAGCCCGCGCACAGCUGUGCGGGAACGAUUCCCGCUGUCAUCCGUCUCCCUCCAGCCGGACGCGGUCCCUCCAGCCAACGUCCUCCACGGCGCCGGGGUCCACCUCGACGCGCAGAGGCUCAACGCGCGGUACCUGACCGCCGUCGUCGACCCGCGGCGGCUCCUCGCCAACUUUCGCGUCGUCGCCGGGUUACCUCCGGAGACGAUUCCGGACCGCCAUCCGACGGAGACGGUCGCGCCGUACUGCGACGUCGGAUCCGGCUUGAGCUACGCCGAGCACCCGGGCGCGUGCUGGGAAGCCCCGGAUUGCGAGCUGAGAGGGCACUUCGCGGGCCAUUACCUCAGCGCGCUCGCGUUCGUGGCGGCGGGCGCCGGGGAUCGACCGAACACGUCGCCGGAUCGAACGAGCUCGUCCGAUCACUUAUCCGAUCCCGAGUACGUCACCGGGCACCAGUCCGACGUCGCGACGGCUCGUCACGCGCGCGAGAUGCUCGAUCGUUUCGUCGACGGCCUCGCGACGGCGCAGGCGUCGAGUGGGACGAGCGCAGGGUACGUGAGCGCGUUUCCGGAGGAGGUGCUCGAUCGUCAGGGCGCCGUCGGCGGCGCGUGGGCUCCGUAUUACACCUUGCACAAAAUCGGGCAGGGUUUGAUGGACGCGCACGUCGUCGCCGGGAACGCCAAAGCCCUGGACGUGCUGAAGGGCCUCGCGAACGCCGUGCUGACGCGGGUGAUGGGGCUCAUUCAGCAGCGAGGCGCGUCGCACUGGUUCGGAGGCGCGUUGGAGUACUCGAAAGCGGCUUUCGGCGCGGAAUCCGGCGGUUUCAACGAGUUGGCGUGGCGCCUGUACCAGUUGACGGGGAACGGGGAUUACGUCACCCUGGCGUCACUGUUCGACCACCCCACAUUCUUAGGGCGGAUGCGCGCGGGGGGGGACGGGCUGACACGCGAGCACGCCAACUUCCACGAGCCCAUCGCGAUGGGCGCGUACAGUCGAUACGAGAUCACCGGCGAUACAGAAUCGCGACGGGCGUUUCGCAACUUCAUCGAGUUACUUCGCGACACCAGGUCGUACGCCACGGGUGGGACGUGCGACGGCGAGCGGUGGCAGGCGCCCGGGCGGCUCGAGCGAAUCAUCGUGUCCACCGAGACGCAGGAGACGUGCACGCAGGUGAACUUUGAGAGGCUUGCCAACGCGGCGGUCGCGAGUUUCGGGGAGGCGGAGGCGCGGGACUGGGCCGAUUACUCCGAGCGCGCGUCGCUUCACGGGCCCGUCGGUCUGCAACGAAAGCCCGGCGAGCUGCUGUACACGACGCCGCUGGGCGUCGGGGUGUCGAAGGGGAGGAGCGGUCACGGUUGGGGCCGACCGGAUGCCGCUUUUUGGUGCUGCUACGGCACCGGCGUCGAGGCGCUGGCCAGGUUGCAAGACGGCGUGUUCUGGCGGCUCGAAGCCGGCGCGACGGUCCCGGGCGACGAUACAUCGUCGACGACGGCGACGGACGUGGUGUACAUCGCGCGCGUGACCACGUCGGCGGUCGCGACGUGGGACGAGAAGGGGGUGACGACGCGAGUCUCUGUCGACCCGUUCAACGUCGGCGGACCCGUUCAACGAGAAGGAGGAAGGGACGGACGGCGGCGGCGAGGGACGGCGGGGUUCUUCGCCUCCGCCGUCGCGAUCACCGUGCACGCGGAGGGAAGAAAUGAGCCGACGUCGAUUCGGGUCAAGCUCCCGAGGUGGGCGGGGGGCGGAUCGCGCAUCACGCUCAACGGCGAACGCGUUCGUUGCGAAAACGGAGGAGACUCGUCGUCUUCGGAGGACUCGGACUCGGACUCGGACUCGGACUCGGACUCGGACUCGGACUCGGGGUGGUGCGACGUGACCCGCGUCUGGCGAAAGACCGACUUACUCCGCGCCUCGUUCCCUAUCGUCGUCCGCGCCGAACCCUUGCUCGGCAGCGACCUAACCCCCGGGUUCGGCACCGGUUCGAACCAGCGAUUGGACGGUAAGGGCGCGAGGCACGCGAUCGUCGCGGGACCGUACGUGCUCGCCGCGCUCGGUCCGGGCGCGUGGAUCGCCGACCUCGGCGUGAAGAGACCGGCGCAAGAAACCGAGGGACACUCACACAGCGGCGGGUUCCACGCGGGGGCGUCGGAGAUUUCGUCGGAUGACGUGUCACUUCUGGAAACUCCGGACCCGACCGAGUGCGACUGCGUCGCGUUCGCGAUGGCCGGCGGCGGCGAUAGGACGCGGUACCUCGCCGCCGUGGUUGCCCGAAGCGACGGGACGUUGCCCGGGGAUCCACCAACCGACGGCGGCGGCGGCGGUGUCAACCGCGGCGGGCCGUACGCCCGAGCCGCCGCGGUGUUCGCCGAGCCCGACCUCGAGCCGACUCUGGAAGAGUCAAAGCCCGGCGGUUCCGGUUUCUUCUACGCGCCGAGGACGUGCGAUCGAACAUCGUGCGCGUACGCCGUCGCGGACGCGCCGGCGGUGACGUGGACGAGGUGCGCGGUUUCAUCGACCAACGGCGAGCGAGGAGGAAGAGGAGGCGGAGGUGGUGGGAUCGUGCGAGGAGGCGCGUUCACUCUGCAACCGACGACCGCGCCGGGGCUGAUUUUAAAAGCCGGCGUCGUCCGCGACGGUCGCGCGUCUCUCGUCCUCGAGGCGUCCACCGGUUCAUCGACGACGACGCGCCCGCUGGCGUUGAGACUGGAGGCGAUCGACGGCACCCUCGGCACCCACCGGGUCGUCGUGAACGACGGCGAACUGAAAGGGUACGCGCUGUGUCGAGACGCCGGGUCCGCUUUAGACUCUCCGGGCGCGUGUAAAGACCUUCACGAGAAGUGCCCGACGUGGGCGUCCCAGGCGGCGUGCUUCGCCAACCAGGGGUACAUGCACGCGCAUUGCGCGAGGUCGUGCGGGUUGUGCAGGCCGGGCGGCGCGGUGUUGGUGCGGCCCGGCGGGGUGGGCGACGGCGCCGAGUGCGGCGUGACGAUCGUUCGCGAGGAGGGAGGGAGGAGGAAGUCGGCGGAGGGGCGCGGGGGUUUGUUGCCGUGGCGGCCGCCGCGCGGGAGUCACGUCGGGAGAGGGCCGGAUCCGAGGUGGAUGCCGCGCGUGCUGCUCGCGCCGCUGUACUCGCUGCGCGACGAGGUGUACACGGUGUACCUCCGGCUCGCGGGAUGA